UGGUGGGGGAGAGAGGCAAAAACCCAGCCCAACACCCCCCCACCCUGCUCCCAGUGUGUGUUAUUGUCAGACACCCCCGUGCUGGCGGGCUCUGUGUCUCAUGAGUUUGCGAGUCUGCCUAGGGCCCUGGUCUGAUUUCUGGGCAGGAUUCACAUCUCAGCCCCACCAGAGUCGCUGCUGCUUUGGGCAGGCAGGGAGUGUGGAUGGGCCAAUGGGCUCCGCCUCUGCCUGCCUGUCCCUGGGGGCUGCUGCAGGAGUCCAGGGCAGCUCAUUCUUCAGGCUGAGGAAUCACGUCCAUCUUUCAGUCCAGAUGGGCCCAUCUUCCAGGACGCAGGGAAGGGAAAUGUCUGUGAUGGAGCCUGCUGCGGUAGGGGAUUUUCAGGGAGGUCUUGAGGGGAUGCCGGUGACCUUCAAGGAGGUGGCUGUGUAUUUCACCCAGGGGCAGGGGGCUCUGCUGGACCCCGCUCAGAGAGCCCUCUACAGGGAUGUCAUGCUGGAGAACUAUGAGACGGUGACCUCGCUGGGAUUCCCCCUUCCCAAACCUGAGCUGAUUGUCCGCCUGGAACAAGGGGAAGAGCCUUGGUUGCCCGAUCUCCAGGCCUGCAAGGAACGAAGGCUUCCGAGAUGCACCCAUACAGCAGAUGCUGAGCGAGGGAGUGACAGUGAGAAGGGGAAUCAUCAUGAAGACAUUCCCUGGGAAGUGGAACUUCUGGAGACCUUUGUGGAAAGAACUGAAGGGAAUUUUUCCCAGUGCUUCGAACACGAAGAAUCCUGGGGAUGUUGGCACAGGUCAGAGAGUCUGCUGGGAAACCACCCAGGGAAGAAAGUGAAUGAAUCUACAAAUGAUGGGGGAGGAGAGGAGGAUCCCGGAGCGCAGCAGACAAAUCCCAAGGAAGAGACACCCUGGCACUACCUUCAGUGUGGGAAAGGAUUCGCUGUGAGAUCACAGCUUGUGACACAGACAAUCCGUACUGGAGAGAAACCCCUUCAAUGCUUGGACCAUGGGGAAAACUUCAAUAAGCUCUCAGACCUUAAUAGCCACAGGAGAAGCCAGAGUGGAGAAAAACCCUCUAAAUCCCUCGAGUACGGGAAAUGUUAUAUUUCGGAGACACAAAUAAUUAGACAUCAGUUAAGCCACACAGGGGAGAGACCCCAUAAGUGCUUGGAGUGUGGGAAAAGUUUCAUAAGAAGGUCACAUCUUGUUCUACAUCAGGCAAUCCACACAGGAGAGAGACCCCACAAGUGCUUGGAUUGUGGGAAAAGUUUCAUACAGAGGUCACACCUAGUUCGUCAUCAGGCACUACACACAGGAGAAAGACCCCACAAGUGCUUGGAGUGUGGGAAAAGUUUCAUACGAAGGUCUGACCUCAUUAAACAUGGAAGAAUCCACACAGGAUCUAAACUUCUGUGACACAUGGCAAGAAAGGAUUUAGCAACUUGCAUGUAAUUGAUUCGCUGGGUGUAGGGGCUGAAAGAUGGAGAGAAUGUUUAUAGUUGAAAUCACCAAAAUGUGUUUUGCAAGGUUAGUGUUAGUUGGAUCUGUUCCGCUGUCCUGCUCGAAUAUUUUCUGUGGGGAUCCCGGAGAUGGAAAGGAGCAGGUAUUACCAUCUUGGUUACCAAUACCCAUGGUGACUCUCUACACUAGUAAUUCUUAAACUGUGGGCAGAGCCUCCCAAUGGAGGGACAGGAAUGUGUUAAGGGAGACGUGACGUCUGUGUGGUGUUUGUUUGUUUUUUAAAGAGCACUGGCUGUGAGCCCCAGGUGGUUGGGGCUCGUGAAGAAGAAACAGGCCCGCCUGAGAGGUGGGGAUUAAAUGCUCAAGCUCUCAAACCCAGGUGGAGAAGCAGCACAGAAAUAGGGGUGUCACUGGGGGGAUAAGUCUUCUGUGAACAGCAAAAUUGAGGAAUAUCACUUUUCACGUGGCCAUCCGCACUUCUGUGCUGCUGUUGGAGGACUUCAGAGCUGGGCACAUCGCCAGCAUCACGUUUACAAAAUGAUAAAUCUUCUCCAAAGUACGUCCUGUGAGGUAUCAUAGGAAAAGUCGUCUUCUGCUGAAUAUUAUUGUCCCAUUGAAAUGUGUCUAUCAGCACUGUCCAUGGAGCUUGGAGUGUUUGCUGUAUGUCUGUUACAUGCGGUAAAGCUGGAAAAUGGCCACAGAUGAGCUCCCCAGAGACCAUGGCACCUGCACACCAGCUAGGUGCUAAGUGGCCAGUAAUUGCUCAGCCGGCCCUUCAGCAGCUGUGGAGCUGGGAACAAGAGAGUUACAAUUCACCGGAAGGACGGCUGGACGCUCACUUAGACCACAGACUAAUUGUCGCCUGCCCUCCGGCUGGGGGGUGAACCUCAAAGAGGAGAGUGGUACAAAAGCACAAUGGAGAAUUGCCUCCAUUUUCCACUCUCCUCUCUCAUCUUUACAGAAGGCAACAAGAUGGCUUGAAAGGCAACAGGGGCCUUGGACUGGGGAGGACGGACCAAGGCUGGAAGGAAAUCCAGCCUGGGUACUCAGAACCGUGAACUGCCUGCAAAAACAGGUGGGGUGCAAUCACCGCCUUGCUUCACAUUUUCCUUAAAUUGGUAAAAUUUAAGAUUUAAAAUGCAUUUUAUAUUUUUAUAGUUGGAACCGGUUGUGACCUUUCACAUCUUUCUCCCUAGUAAUCCCUGAAAACCCCCUUGCUCCAGUUACUAAAGUGAUUUUAGUGUUUUGUCUGGACCUGUGUGUUUUCACUGAAGGGUUUGGGGGAUUUAACUGGAGAGAACAAGGCUGUGCCCUAAUCCGGCCCCUCUGUGCGGGUGUCCCACUAAUGACUGAGUUUGUCCAGCCCAGUGACCAGACUGAGCUGUCCAAGAUGCACUUUCCUGCAGGGCAAGGCUGGGAGUUGAAAACUGGCUGAUGUUGCUGUGUCGUUUGGUAAGUUCCUGAGUAUCUGGCUAGUUGCACUCGGUACAGUGCAGCCAGGAGUGACUUUGAAGGCUGGUGGCUGUGUGUGAGCAGAGCGUGGAGGGGCUUGUUGACACAAAGAAGCAGCAGGGUGGAUUUGAUUUAAAUCACUACUCAGGAAGACUCCUUUUAAUCAUGAUUUUCUACAUAAAAAUAUAUUCUCGUUGGUUUUUAUAACCUUUAUACAUAUUCUUCACAACGCAGAGAUAGAUGUAGGAUUAAUUUUUGGAAGGUACACACUAUACAUUUUUAAACAGUGAUUUAUUUUGAAAACUUCUCAGAUGAGUUUUCCAGCUAUAUCAGACAAGGAAUGUUUGGUUAUUUCAUUUCAUUUAA